AUGCUCCGACUGAUCUACCACUUGCUCUUUUUAUUCGCCUUCCGUAGGCUCUCGUUUGCUCAGGCUGCGCCUACGGUCACGGUGAAGAACGGCACUUACGUCGGCAUUGCUCUGCCGUCAUUCAACCAGGAGCUCUUUCUGGGUCUACCGUAUGCGCAGCAGCCCCUGCCUCCGGACCUGCGCCUACGUCCUCCCCUAUCGCUCAACACGUCGUGGACCGGAACGCGGCCCGCCACAGAAUAUAGUCCGAUAUGUGUCGGAUAUCCGGAAGGAGCAACGGACGACGAUUUGGGUCUUGAUCUGGGCGAGGCGUGCUUGACGUUGAACGUCGUUCGUCCCCAGGGAGUUCAACGGGGCAGCAGCAUACCCGUCGUGGUCUGGAUCCCUGGAGGCGGAUUCGGUAUGGGCGGGAGUGCUGACCCUCGGUAUAACGGCACAUUCAUCGUGCGGCGUAGUGUCGAGAUGGAACAACCAAUAAUCUUCGUCAGCAUGAACUACCGCGUCAGCGCCUUCGGCUUCUUGUGGUCGGAGGAAGUUGCUGCAGAAGGUUUGGGCAACAUAGGCUUGCUUGACCAGUACCUCGCGUUGCGAUGGAUCCACCAAAAUAUUGCUGCAUUCGGCGGAGAUCCGACCAAAGUGACAGCGAUGGGCGAGAGCGCCGGGGCAAUUUCUGUUUCCCUCCAGAUGAUGGCGUUCGGCGCGACGUCCACCAACCUCUUCCGCGCCGCUAUCCUCGAAUCCGGUUCGCCCCCGUCCUGGAACUACCGCACCGCGGAAGAGUUCCAGCCCCAGUUUGACGCCGUCGUCGCCGCCACCGGGUGCACCAACGAAAGUGACGCGAUUGCUUGUUUACGGGCAGUGCCACUUCAGACGUUUAUUGCCGCGACGAACGUCACGGUUCCUAUUCCGUGGGGCCCGGUCAUGGACGAUGCGUUCUUGAGGGGUAGUCCUACAGCGACGCUCAAGUCCGAAAAUUUCAUCAAGGUCCCAAUAUUGCAUGGAGCGAACCUGGACGAAGGGGCAUACUUCGGACCCAAGGGGAUCGAUAAUGACGCGGCGCUAGAGAGCAUCAUCGCAAGGACUUAUCCUCAUCUAACAAACGAGUCGAUCAGCAAGAUCAUGGAGCUAUACCCGAAUGACCCGUCGAUCGGAUGCCCAUAUGACACUGGAGAUGGCGUACUCUCGUCGGGUCAGCAAGACAAACGCGCGUUUAGUAUAUGGGGGGACGUCGUCAUGCAUGCAGGGCGCAGGCUUCUAGGAGAUAGUAUCGCCAAGACGCACGAUGUUUUCUCCUACCAUUUUGCUCAAAUUCCUGAUAAUGCGACUAUAGAAGAUGGAGUUCAACACUUCCAGGAGGUCGCCUUCGUGUUCAACAAUCCCGGCCCUACGCGCAACCCUUUGUCCACGCGGCUUGGGGACGCGGAGCUGGCAAACCUCAUGACGAGCUACUGGAUAUCCUUCGUAAACCACUUGGACCCCAAUCACAGUGGCAUGAAGGGCGCACCUAUUUGGCCGAGCUACCGCCAGCAGGCAAAGAAUAUGGUAUUCAAGCGUCAGGGCAGUUUCUUGCAGGACGAUGUCUACCGUGCCCUAGGAAUCAAUUUUCUGAACUCCCUUGAGAGCGAAAUGCAACACUGA